GUUACUUUUUUCUAAUACAAUAGAAUAAUUUUCCGAUCGUAUUUCAAAAUCUCCGUCGCGGUAGCCGUCUACUCUGUUGUCAAAGAGGCAAAGAAUUGCCAAUUGUCAGAUUAGUUCCGGCGUAGUUAGCGGCGGAGGAAGACGACAAGAGAGCCGAGGCGCAGCGGAGCUCCGAGACUGGAGGAUGAUAACGCGAUCGAAGUUGGCGGAGCAGCUUAGAGAGUAUCAGACUCGAUCGAAGCAUGAUUGGACUUCCGUUUCGUUAUUCUCCUCCACCUCCAAUCUCGCCUAUUCUAGGGUUGAUGUUGCAAUCUUUGUCAUAUGGGAGCUUGUCAUUUUAGCAGUAUUUGUUUUCUCAGCUGUUUCAUUAUAUUUUAGGCAUUUAAGGCUCGCUGUGCUUUUGUUAUGUAUUACACUGGUAUUGCUUUUAUGUAUGAAAAUCACAAAGCAAGUAAGAUUGGCUCGGAAGAAGCAGCGGAGGAUGCUUUUACCAUUAUCUAUGUAGAUGUCGAUUCACUGGAAACAUUUCUCAAGAGAGUCAACUCUGUUGUGUAGAUUUUUUUGGGGAACUGCUUUCUGGUCCGUUUCACUUGGUUGAUUUAUGUGAAAUGUAAUACUAGCACUUAAACCUUGCUGAUUACGGAAUGAAUUUAGUUAAAUCCUCCUGACA